AUGUUUCCUAAUACAGUCAAUUUUGUCGGAAAACGCGUUAUAGGGGAGGAAACAAGGAAUUUUAAUGCCGAGUUUACCGCAAACAUGGGUCAUGUCAAGGAUUUUACGCCGAUGAAAAAGGAGGAUCAAUGUCAAGUGAAUAACACCAGCUCAACAGUUGUUCCUAUGAGAAAAACAACAGCUGACUACACGCAAGCAAACAAAAAGGAUGAAAAUUUCCCGCCAAAAACCACCAAAGUACCAUCAUUCAAAAGAACAAUAAGCUACAUGACACGGCGUAAACGCUUAGAGAUACGCUCAGAAACUUAUACACAAGACGACGAAAUUACCGACUCUGGAUGCUUGUGCGGAUUUAUUAACGCAUUAUUUCAUCGGGAGAAAAAGAAUACUGAGUGA